CUCUCUGUGUCUCGCUCUAUCCAAGAUGGCGGCGAGCCGCGAGAAGCGCGCGAACGCUGGCAACCGCAUGGGGCGGCUGCUCGAGGAGGAGGAGGAGGCCGGCGAGGACGCUGCUUUCUACGCGACGACGUACGGCGGAUUCGCCGACGCCGACGACGAUGUCGAGUACGAGUCGGCGGACGACCCGCUCGCCGCCGCCGCGUCCGACGACUCGGCCGACUCGGACAUCAGCGGCAGCGAGGACGACGAGCCAAUCAGCGACGACGACGGCGACGACGGGCGGCUGCGGAAGAAGCGCGGCGGCGUGUACACGAAGGCGUACACGGAGCGGCCGCAGGAGAAGAAGAGGAAGGAGGAGGGGAGGAAGGAGGAGGGGAAGGCGGCGGCGGCGGGGAAGGGGGCUCCGGGGAGGAAGAAGCCUGGGCCGAAGCCGAGGCAGAAGAGAACGCGAUCGUCGCUGCAUCACAUCGACACGUCGGCGAUCAUUUAUUCGUCAGAGAGGAAGUCUGUCAGAAAAGUCACCGAGGAGAGAAGAAAGGAGCUACAGAAGCGGCUAAAGGAGCAGGAUGAGCAAAAGAAGAAGCAGAAGGAGAGGGCUGCUGCCAAGAGAAGGGGGGAACCUGAGGUGAGGAGGCUCACGCAGGAGGAGCUGCUAGAGGAAGCCAAGGUGACGGCGCUGGAGAACCUCAAGUCCCUCGACAUGUACCUGAAGAUGGAGCUGGAGAAGAAGAAGGCUCGGCAGCUGAAGCAGGUCUACAAGGGACCGGUCAUCCGCUACCACUCCGUCACCAUGCCGCAGAUUGAGGACAUAUCGUCCGAACUCAAGGAGAUCCUGCAGGAGGAGAGGAUAGACGUUGACGGUGUCGACACGGAGGUGAAGAACAAGCCCGUGAUAAAGGAGGAGAAGUGCGCUCGUAGUUUCAUAUCCUUCACAGACGACAAGGUCUUCGACGCCUACUUCCCGCAGAAGAAGCCCAAGCCGCCUCUGCGCUACGUGUGUCCGAUCACGCGGCUGCCUGCGCGCUACUUCGACCCGAUCACGCAGUGCCCCUACGCAACGCUCGCCGCCUUCAAGAAGAUCCGCGCUCUUUUCUACGGCGCGCUCGACCAGAAGGCCGGCGACGCGAACAAGUCGCCCGCGCUGCAGCGCUGGCUCGAGCACCGCGCCAAGGUCAAGGCCGAGCAGGUUGCGCGCUUCGGAGGAAAGAUGGCUGCCGCGGCGGGCGGCGGGGGUUUGGCGGCGGCCGCGGCGAAGCGGUCGUGACGCGGCGGGGUUGUUUUGCAGGCACACGGAGGCGUUGGAUGGCAACCGCAGAGACGCCCGGGCGGUCGUACAUGCGACGAGAUUCGUGGGGGGGUUUGCCGGACAGGCAGACGCGCGACCAGGCGCACGGUAGGGUAUGUUCAAGCGAUUGUUACGACACAAGUGGGACCUCUCUCCGUGCGCCGGGUCGUGUGGUGGCUGCGUCGCGUUCCUGGUGGGGUUUCUCCGGGUGUUUUCCGACGAGAGACGUGAUCUAGCGCACAAAGUAAGGUUGUUUGGUGGCUGGGGUCGCGGUUUCAGCGGUGAAGGCGAGUUCUUUAUGAUGUAGCUCCGGGCUAGUAGUUAAGUCGUUAACAAUCGUGAAUUUUUUUCUCUCUUAGUCUAGAUUUGAUUGGUAAAUUUAUUCGGAAGUUAACAUGCUGUGAAGGAAAUAACUGAACGUAGUUGACCUAUUCCAUGGUGUACUAAAUUUGUAACCAAUGCAAUGUGUUUGCACGGCAAUUGUGGGGAAUGGUAAAAGUCGCUGUAACUUCGUUUGUAUCUGCAGUUUGCAAUGACGAAAAUAAAGGAGUACAUUGGUAA